AUGGCGGGGACGGGGAAGUUGGUGAAUUUAUGGGUUGUUUUGGUUAUAGUAGCUUGGGUGGGUGUUGAAGGAAGGAGGCUGGAGGAAGUGAAGAAGCCAGAGUGGUUUUUUGAUGGUUUUCCGAGUUGGGGUGGCGGUGGUGGUAGCGGGAAAGGAUUGGGCUUUGGGCAUUCUUUUAGUUUUGGCAAAGGUUACGGGUUCAAUUUUGGUUUUGGAAAGCCCGGUUGUUUUGGGAAAGGCAGUGGUGUAGCUGGUGGCAUUGGCGGCGGCGGCGGUGGGGGGGUUGGUGGCAUUGGAGGCGGAGGCGGCAUAGGCGGUGGGGGGAAGCAGCAUAAGAAAAAUGAUAACCAGAAUCAUCAAGGUGGCAUUGGAAAAGGGGCUGGCGGUGGACUUGGAGGAGGCAUUGGCAAAGGAGUGGGAGGAGGGGGUGCUAGCGGUGGUGCAGGAGGCGGCAUUGGCAAAGGGGUGGGUGGUAAUGGAGGUGGCCGAGGAAUUGGAGGCGGAUUUGGUGGAGGAAUUGGCAAAGGCAACGGUGGUAGUUCUGGAGGAGGGAUUGGUGGUGGCACUGGCGGUGGUUCUGGUGGGGGGAUUGGUGGCGGCACUGGCGGUGGGUUUGGAGGUAGUUAUGGUGGAGGGGGUGGCGUUGGAUUUGGUGGAGGAAUGGGGAAAGGGAUAGGCGGAGGAAUGGGGGGAGGUUUUGGCGGUGGCAGAGGAUUUGGUGGAGGUGUUGGGGGCGGCUUUGGUGGAGGCGGCGGUUUUGUUGGUGGCAAGAAUUAG